AAAAUUCUUAUUGGGUAGGCCAAAUUUUUCAAAGUAAGAGAAGAUGAGAAGCAACACAACAAAACAAAAAGAUUUGUGGUGCACAUCUCGUCCCCAAACACGUGGAUGGCUUCAACUGUCGUAUAUUGCUUGCUCUCUGUUUCGUAUAAUUUCAAUGCUCCUAGAAUCUACCUUCGAAUCUUCUUCUUCUUCACCUUCAACUCACCCUUUUCUCCCCAAAUAUCAUCUCACUUCUGUAUAUAUUUCCAUUCAAACAAAUCAAGAAACAUAAAUAACCAACACCAUGACUGCUUUAAAUUCCCAUUUUGUGCUCGUUGAUCUGAACCAAAUCCCAUCCUCCACCUUUGCAUACCUGCACUACCCCAAAUUUUCAACUUCUUUCUCUGGGGCAUUUCGUCGAACACGUGGUGGGCGGAUCUGUUCGACCGGGUCGUCGCCGGCGAUCCGGUCGCCGGAAGUGCGCCGGCCGAGAGAUCGGGCCGGGUUUGGAAAUGGGUCGGUGUUGAAUUCGGCUUCUACGUCUCAGUCUCAUGUGGGGUCUGAGCUUGAUUUGAUUCUUGAAUUGGUGCCAUUGAGGAUGAGGAAUAAGUUGUUUGAGCAUAAUGAAAUUGGGAGUAUGAUUGAGGUUGUUAUGGAUUUGGGUAGACAGCCCCUUGCUAGAUUUCCUUCUGGUGAUUGGGUUAUUUCUGAUGAGGUUGUUAAGUUGGAAGAUCUAAAUCAUGCAAUUUCAAAGGUUGGUGAAUUUUCGGAUGACAACCGAUCAGGCAUUGAUCAUUCUCUACACCGAAUAAGUGCCAUUCGCAACCGCAAAAGGCAAAUAAUCGGUCUCACUUGUCGUGUGGGUCGAGCUAUAUCCGGCAGUGCGGAAAUUGUUCGUGAUUUGGUUGAAGGGGGAGGUUCCAUAUUGGUUAUUGGACCACCUGGAGUUGGCAAAACAACCUUAAUCAGAGAAAUCGCUAGAAUGUUGGCAGAUGAGCGAAAGAAGCGUGUUGUCAUUAUAGAUACCUCUAAUGAGAUAGGAGGUGACGGGGAUGUUCCUCAUUCGGGCAUAGGACGUGCAAGAAGAAUGCAAGUUCCAAAUGUUAAUAUGCAACACAAUGUGAUGAUCGAAGCAGUUGAAAAUCACAUGCCUCAAACAAUUAUAAUCGACGAGAUUGGAACCGAGCUUGAGGCGUUGGCUGCGGGUACGAUUGCUCAGCGAGGAGUUCAGCUUGUUGCGACUGCACAUGGAGUAACGAUAGAAAGCAUAAUAAAAAACCCGUCGUUACAAAUUCUUGUUGGUGGCAUCGAGAGCGUUACUCUUGGUGAUGAAGAAGCGAGGAAACGGAAAGUGCAGAAGACUAUACUUGAGCGGAAAGGGCCUCCUACAUUUUCGUGUGCGGUUGAAAUGAUAUCGAGAACGGAGUAUUGCAUUCAUCAUAGAUUGGAUGCUACUGUGGAUGCUAUACUUGCAGGUAAAUCUCCGUUGUUUGAAGUCCGUCGUAUGGACGCUGAAGCUGAAAGAUCUUUAGACGGAUCUAAACACGCUGAUGAAGUGACACGGGUUGAAAUACCAGACGAGGAAGAUGAAAAUACGCCAUUUUAUUUUGAAAAAUCAAGCCGAGAUGAGCAUAAAAAGAUUAGUAAGAAGGUGAAUGUAGAGGUUGUUUCAACGCCAGAAAUGACCAAUUCAGAAAGGACUGAGCAGGUUCAUGAAGGCGUUAAGGAUGAUUUUGAUGACGAAGAUGAAGAACAUUUUACCAAAUUCAGAAAGUUGAGCACUAAACAACAAAGCAGAAAAAACGCACCGGUGUAUGUUUAUACGUAUAAGAUAUUGGAAGCUGACCUACAACAAGUAGCAAUGGUGAUGGGGCUUACAGAGGAAAUUGACGUAACCGACGAUAUUAGCAACGCAGAUGCUAUAUUAGCAUCUAGUUUCGAGAUGAAGGAGAACCCUUGGAUUCGCAGUGUGGCUAAAUUUCACCAGUUGCCUGUGUUUGUCAUCAAGUCAACGACCAUGGCUCAAAUGGUCAAAGCUAUCCGCAUGAUUCUUGGAAGAGACUCGUUUGGUUCGAGAUCAAAGCAACUCAGAAAAGUUUCUAUGGAUAUCGAGAUUGAAGAUGAUGUGCCAAGAAGAAAACCGUCAUUAGAGGAGAUUGAUGCCUUGGAGGAAGUUCGACUUGCAAUCGAGUACAUCGUGAUUCCAAGUGGCGAACCCGUAGAGCUUCUCCCAAGAUGCUCGGAGAUAAUCGCUCAACAACUCGAGCUCGUAAGGAGUUAUCAGUUGACCGUAGAAAACUCAGGAACCGACCUUAAUCCAAGGCUGCAGAUUCUUCCCCACAAGUUGAACAAGAAAUCGGGAAAAAACUCUAAACCGACUUCAUCCGCACCCGGUUCACCGCCGACCGGUGGUGUUGCAGGUACAAGUGUUGCUAGGCUGCCGUUCCUGCCUGAAUAGUGCGAGAGAACGAUUUGAUAACACUUGAUGUACGUACAGUCAUUUGAUUAUGACCUUUGUGUGUCACCCUGUAACUUUGGGUCAUAAGUCUUUGUAUGUAGUCUCAUGGUCACUAAAAGUUGUGACCAAACAACCCAUUGCAGUUGUUGUAUAUUAUAAAUCUGUGCAAUCAUGUUGAUUUGUAUGUAUAUUAUUCACUUUUUAUUCAUGGUAUUUUUGCAUUUAAA